CUUUGAUACACUCGCGAACAUCCAUCGACUUCACAGUUUUGUAUCCUAACUAUUACAUGACAACUCGUACCAAUAAGCAUAGGUCGUAGUUUUGGCUAUUGCUGGCAUAAAACAUAUUGAUACAGAGGUCUAUCACCAUGGCUGACAAAGACUUGAUUAACAACGUCAAGCGCCUCAAACUCCGUCGCGAGGCUGUUGAGGAGAUUGUUCAGGAUAAGGCAGUUGAUACACCAGCUACUGACAGCUCCCCGACUUUACAACAUUCAACCCCAGCCUUACGUCGCAAGCGUACACAACAUUCGCGGCAGCCCCAAUCCCCUUACCCGCGCCCAUAUACGCUGGCUGCUGUCAGACAGACCAGAUCCGCCAGCUACCAGGAAGCGGCCAAUCUCAUCCAGAGAAAUCAGGCAGUGGAGCCACAGCAGGAAUUGAGGAAGCCAGAAAAGGCCUUGAAGACUGACAUCUCUAGCUCCACCAACGGCCCGGCGAGUACGAGUAACGCAUCUUCACAAGGCGCUCUGCUCCCUGCACCAAAUGUGCCAUUUGUCGGUCCUUCCACCACUUCUGAGAGACCGAACGCGCUUAGCCCCAUUCGCACUCUUGCUCGAUGCACACCUCAACCCAACAAGACCAUCCCUGUCAUCCCAGCUGGCAGCCCGACACAACUGCAUCGAACUCAGGAACGAAAGCGAAAUAGCCAUACAGGUCGUCUGACCUCGACGCACCUUUGCUCGCGAUACAGCUCGACCGGAUCGUGUCCGAAUGGUUUGAACUGCCUUGGUCUUCAUGACGACAAUAAACUCGCCCUCUGUCCUGCCGUUUUGCACAAUGUCCGUUGUUUACUAGGCCAGACUUGCGACCUCAGCCAUGUUCCUUCGCCUGAAAGAUCCCCAAUCUGCAGGUUCUUCCAAAUCGGCCGAUGCGAUCGGGGUAAUUGCGUCUACGCUCAUACUCUUGUGGAUCCCGAUGCGCCCUUGUGCGAUGAUUUUGCUUAUGCUGGCUAUUGUGACCGAGGUGCCCAAUGCCGCUACCGUCAUCUCCGGCAAUGCCCCGAAUUCGCGAGCACGCGUGGUUGCAACGACACCGGAUGCCGUCUUCCCCAUGUUGUCCGGUCCAGCCAGAGAGUGCGCCGGCGGGUCGAUGGAUCUGCGAUGUCAAGUGGAUCGAUGACUCUCGAGGGCUCCCCCGUUAAGAAUAAGCUGAAUUAUGGACCGGAUUCAAGCGCGCCCGCGCCCGGAUCUGUUGAGGAACCCAUGGAAGGCCCAGGAGACUUCACUCAAGAGCAAGACUUCAUUGGAUUGUAGGUGAUCCCUCACCCCCACCGCAUCAUCAAGAUUUGAGCCCUGGAAAUUUGAAAGCCCGGUGAUGGAGCAUGCAGGUUUCAGUGAGUGUGAUGGUUCAAAAGGGUUGUGCGCAAGGAUAAUGGAAGUCUGUAUGGAGUCAAGAAUAUGCUGCGAGAAUGAGGCGGCACGGGGCUCGUUUUCAUUUGCAAUCGCAGGAAAGGAAAGGAAUUGCCCCCUUGAUCUGUGCCUAGAAGUGUAUGAAUUCAUGAAGCCAUGAGAAUUGACCAGUAUCACCUCG